GUAGUCAUUGAUGUGUCUGGAUAUGCGAGGAAUGUGUUAACUCAAUGAAGAUUACAAGAAACUGAAGAAACGAGCGUCUCUGCUUCCUUUAGUUUGUGCUGUGCUUGGUUUGCUGUGAAAGAGUGCUUAAGCAUGCACUAGAAGUCAUGUUACUGUAGGGCUCUCGGUGUGCAGGACAAGUUUCACAGCUCUUAAGCACAACUAGCCAACACCAGUUUCCCAAUGGCUGAGAACAACUUUCCUCCUCUGCCUGGCUUUAUUCCUCUGAAGCCGUGCUUCCACCAGGACUUUGAGGAGAUUCCUGACCAGCACCGCACCAUGUGCAAGAGACUCUACCACCUGUGGAUCUUGUACGGCGUGACGCUGCUGGUGAAUUUCUUGGGCUGUAUGGCGUGGAUGUUUGGAGGAGGAGGAGUGACUAACUUUGGCAUGUCCAUCAUCUGGGUUAUUCUCUUCACCCCCUGCUCUUACGUGUGCUGGUUCAGACCCAUUUACAAUGCCUUCAAGUGAGCAUCGGUUUACCUGUUUAUUAUC